CGAUAUUAUUGGCGAGCGGGUGGCCGCUCUCCCUUCCACUCUCUCUCCCUCUCCCUCUCUCUCUCUCUCUCUAGCCUCCGCCUCGCCGCGCCUCGCCGCCGCUAGGGGGAGAAGCGGUGGCGGAGAGGGCCGCGUCCUCCUCCAUUCCGCAGGGGGUGGUGGUGGAAUCCUGUCAAGAACCGGGGUUGUUGGGAAUUUGGGAAUUUAGGGCUCUGCAAUUUGGAGGAAGGUGAGGCGAUUUUUUUUAUCUGCGGGGAAUUUCUGCAGUGGGGGUGGUUAGAUUGUGCUGUCAAUGGUGGUGGUGGUGGUGGUUCGAUGAACAUGGCGCGUUCGGGUGACGUCAGCCGCUGCCACCGGUGUGGCCUGUGGUCGAAUGGCUCUGCGCCGAUCACCGUAAGCGCCUCGAUUACGAUGCGGUCUUCGCGGGUUACAGCGCACGCCGUGUAUCUGGAUUAUCCUACCAGAACCGAGCAGAAGAAUGGGGGUAAUUUGGUGGUGAUGCGGCCUGACCGACGACGGCCUAGGGAUGAUUUCUUCAAGGGUGAGGGUGGUGGUGGUAGUCUUGUAGUUGUGCAGCCAGACCGAGACCGACGGCCGCAGGAUGAUUUUGGGAGGGCGGCCGCAGAUUCUGAGAAGGAUGUAUCACCCAUCCAUGCUAAGCCGAGGAAGCCAUUGGACCAGAACCCCGAGGGAAUGGAUGUGGCAGGUUUCUCAAAACAUGGAGGAAAGUGCUAUGCUGACAACCUUCGCAGGUACUGUAACAGCGGGAAGCUCAUCCAGGCCUGCUGUGUGAUUGAUGAGAUGGUGCUCCAUGGCCAGAUUCCGGAGACUAAGUGCUGCGUUAGGAUAAUCCGCGGGCUCGUUAAAACCGGCAAGGCAAACAAAGCUAGGCAUGUUCUUGAGGUUAUGGUGCUUUCGGGUGGGGUUCCGGACACCAUCAGCUGCAACAUGUUGAUCGCGCAGCUUUGCCGUGGUGGGCAGCUGAGCUCAGCACUGCAGGUUCUGGAAGACAUGAGAUUCAGUGGUUGCUCUCCGAGCGGCAUCACUUUUAACACUUUGAUUAGGUGCAUGUUCAAUCAGCGUAUGUAUGACAGGGCGAUCUCCUUUUGGAAAGAACAGUUGAGGUUAGGUUGGCCACCAUAUGAGAUGACAAGCACCUUGCUUGUUGAUCUUGUUUGCAAGAAUUGUGGCCCUCAGAAGGCCUUGGAAGUCUUGGAUGAACUUUCUUUGGAAGGAUGUCAACCAGAUGUCGUCACCUAUAAUGCUCUCAUCAGUGCAUCAUGCAAGGCUGGCAGGCUGAAUGAUGCAAAGUUCAUCUUAACUCGUCUUGCUGCUGAAGGGCUUGAACCAAAUGGUACAACCUACUGCAUCUUACUCCAUGCCCUCUGCAACAUGAGAAGGUGGGAUGAAGUAUGCGAUUUGCUUGAAGACAUGAACCAGGUGAAUCGUGAUCCUGAUGUUACAACCUACAAUAUUUUUAUCAAUUACUUUUGUAAGUAUGGGCAUCUGGAUCAGGCAAUUGAUGUGUUGGAGAGGAUGGUUAUCAACAAUUGUUCUCCUGAUAUUGUGACCUGCAACACACUCCUGAAUGCCAUCUCCAAAAAGGGUAUGGUUGAGGAAGCUCUUGGGAUUGCUCGCUGCAUCAGAGAAAACGGAUACAAGUUGGUUCUCAUCACAUACAAUACCCUCAUAGAUGCUUUAGCAAAGAAGGCUGAAGUUAAGAAAGCUAUGGUUCUGUUUGAUGAGAUGCUUAGUGACGGGAUCAGCCCCGAUGACAUCACAUAUGGUUCACUUGUCAUGGGUUUUUGUAAGAAAGACAUGGCUGAUGAGGCCCUGGACCUUUUAAAUCAGAUGCUCACUCUAGGCUUUGAAGUUAAAACAACUACCUUUGUCAUGGUGAUCCAGGCAUUAUGUAGAGAUGGUAAAGUGGAAGCUGCUGCUGAAAUAACUAAAGUAAUGUUAUCAAAAAAUAGUAUCCCCGGGAAUUCAUUGUGUUCAUCCAUAGUCACAAAAGUUGCCAAAUCAGGCUGGAAUAAAGAGGCACAGAUGCUCCACCAGAAGUUAGUUGAGUGUGAGAUCCUUAAAGAAGAUGCUGAAGUUAUUUUAAGCAGCUAGUAGCUGGAGUAUAAGAUUGUUAUUUAGUAGCAUGAAACAUGCAGCUUCUCAGCUAAUCAGCAGAUAAAUUCUGGAAGUUGUAGAUAGUGUCCUGGAAGAGGCAUCCUGACGAGUGGGUGAGCCGGUUAACCAAGACUGUACCCCAUUGUUGCUAAUGAAAUGUGACCCUAUCUUAUAAUCUACUACCUCCGUUUCAGUUUAUAAAACUUUCUAGCAUUGCCCACAUUCAUAUAGAUGUUAAUGAAUCUAGGCGCGCGCGCGCGCACACAUAUAUAUAUAUAUAUAUAUUCAUUAACAUAUAUAUAAAUAUGGGCAAUGCUAAAAAGUCUUAUAAUAUGAAACGGAGGAAGUACUACUUACGCUACUGCGACAAACAAAUUAAAUCUCAAUGGAAGAGGCAUUGUGGAUGUCACUUCGCAUGGCAUUAUGGCCCUUGUAACCACAUUACGACAUCGUCGUUAAGCAGGAUAGAUUAGCAUAUUCUGGAUUAGCGGUAGAGUUCCCCUAAUGUGUUUAGGUGCAGCUUGAUUCUUGAAUUCGUAAUCUCUCUAUUUAUUUAUUUAUAUAUAUAAGUGAAGCUGUUGGUUGCAUA